CAGAUGUCCGAGUAGCGGCGGCCGGGGAGCUCCGCAUCUUCUGUCUGCGGCGGUGGUGGCUAGCGGCCCCGACCCCGGCCCCGGCCCGGCCCCCUCCCCCAACCCCAUGCCUCAGCUCUAACCCCGCUGCCCUCCCCCGCGGAGGGCAUUUCCCCGUGUCCCUUGCGCGCCCCGUCCGAGUCAGGCGCCAUGAACGACCAGUACCACCGGGCGGCUCGGGAUGGCUAUCUGGAACUCCUCAAGGAGGCCACCAGGAAGGAGCUGAACGCUCCCGACGAGGACGGCAUGACCCCCACCCUCUGGGCUGCCUAUCACGGCAACCUGGAGUCGCUGCGCCUCAUCGUGAGUCGCGGGGGUGACCCGGACAAGUGUGACAUCUGGGGCAACACACCCCUGCACCUGGCAGCCUCCAAUGGCCACCUGCACUGCCUCUCCUUCCUGGUGUCCUUCGGGGCCAACAUCUGGUGCCUGGACAACGACUACCACACGCCGCUGGACAUGGCCGCCAUGAAGGGCCACAUGGAGUGCGUGCGCUACCUGGACUCCAUCGCGGCCAAGCAGAGCAGCCUCAACCCCAAGCUGGUGGGCAAGCUGAAGGACAAGGCCUUCCGCGAGGCGGAGCGGCGCAUCCGCGAGUGCGCCAAGAUGCAGCGCAAGCACCACGAGCGCAUGGAGCGGCGCUACCGGCGCGAGCUGGCCGAGCGCUCGGACACGCUCAGCUUCUCCAGCCUCACGUCCAGCACCCUGAGCGGCCGGCUGCAGCACCUGGCGCUGGGCAGCCACCUGCCCUACUCGCAGGCCACGCUGCACGGCACCGCCAAGGGCAAGACCAGGAUCCAGCGGAAGCUGGAGCGGCGCAAGCAAGGCGGCGAUGGCACCUUCAAGGUCUCCGAGGACGGCCGCAAGAGCGUGCGCUCGCUCUCGGGCCUGCAGCUAGGCAGCGACGUGAUGUUCGUGCGCCAGGGCACCUACGCCAACACCAAGGAGUGGGGCCGCGCCCCGCUCCGGGACAUGUUCCUCUCGGACGAGGACAGCGUCUCCCGUGCCACGCUGGCGGCCGAGCCUGCGCACUCGGAGGUCAGCACCGACUCAGGCCACGACUCCCUGUUUACCCGCCCCGGCCUGGGCACCAUGGUGUUCCGCAGGAACUACCUGAGCAGCGGGCUGCACGGGCUGGGCCGCGAGGACGCGGCGCUGGACGGCGCGGGCACGCUGCGGGCUCGGCUGCAGAGCUCCCCCAGCCUGGACGACGACAGCCUGGGCAGUGCCAACAGCCUGCAGGACCGCAGCUGCGGGGAGGAGCUGCCCUGGGACGAGCUGGACUUGGGCUUGGAUGAGGACCUGGAGCCCGAGACGAGCCCGCUGGAGACCUUCCUGGCCUCCCUGCACAUGGAGGACUUCACCUCUCUCCUGCGGCAGGAGAAGCUGGACCUCGAGGCGCUCAUGCUGUGCUCCGACCUCGACCUCCGCAGCAUCAGCGUCCCCCUGGGGCCCCGCAAGAAGAUAAUGGGGGCCGUGCGGAGGCGGAGGCAGGCGCUGGAGCGCCCCCCGGCCCUGGAGGACACAGAGCUGUGA